CGUGUACGGGAUCUUUCUGCGCUCGCCGUGCGAUGCCGUCGGUUUUGCCGCUGUGCGAUGUGUGGCAACUGUUAUUCCCCGCUGUCUGUACUUGUGUGCGUGUGUGGGGUGAAGUGACAGCCCAAGCAACCGAAACGGUGAUAGCGCCACCGUUGGUGUGAAACUUAACGAAGCUGCCCAACAAACCUCUCGAUGCUGACACAACCCACCACCACCAGCAGCUUUCCGAGAAGGCAAAUGAAUUUUAACUCCUUCCCAAAUGAGGUGCUGUGUUCCAUAUUCGACUACCUGCCAUGGAAGGAUCGGCAACGGGUGUCGCUGGUGUGCCGCCGCUGGAACGCCAUCAUCAACUCGGACCACUAUCUGCGCGGCCAGAAGCUGGUGCUGUACAACUACAACAAGGCCAAGUUUUUCUCCGGCGUCGAGGUGGAGCUGCUGAAUCGGCAGAAAAAAUAUCGCCUUCUACUCGAACGCCAUCGGCGGCAGCGCCAUGGUCCGCUCGCUGUCACUGUUUCUACGGUCGGAGCAUCGGCUGGCCGGCUGGUGGUGGACAACAUACCGAACUUGCGCCACCUGACCGAGCUGAAGAUAUCGGCCAACGAGGGCCUGACUAACGGUGUGCUCAUCGACAGUGCGUCCCUGGAGAAGCUAAACAUUUCGUUCUACCAAAGUUCGGUCUGCCAGCUAGUCACGCCACGGCUGCACACGCUGCACCUGACCGUACGCUACCCGAGCGAGAUGGAGCUGAUAGGGACGAUCUCGGCGCAGCUGGUCGAGCUGAAGGUGUCGUUCAUCUCGAAGGACCACGUUGCGAAGCUGUUCCGGUGCGACUUUCGCUCGCUCAAGACGCUCAACAUUUCGCUCAAAAAUGACAAAUACAUUGCGUACAGCGUGUCGCCGGUCCAUCUGCGACCGCUCGAGCGGGAGGCCAUUUUCGCGCAAACCAUCGUCGGGCUGGAAACGCUCCGCAUCGUCGACAUCUGCAACAUCUUCGACAUUGACUUUUUGAAGAUGUUUGCGUACGCUAAGUCGCUGAAAGCGCUCACCAUCAACUACUUCAAGUUGGUUAGUGAAGUGAGCGAGCUGAUAAACGGGUUUAAGGGACUGGAAUACCUUAAUCUAGAGGGAUGCCAGCGAAUGGACGAUUCCAAGCGGCUACAUCUACCCUGUCUGCAGACACUCGUGAUGCCUUACAAGCAGCUCUGCCUGUUUAGUGCCACGCAGCUGGACACGCUGACGACGCUGUACUACAACAACACGACCAAGGAUCAAACACUGUUGAUCAAGAAUAGCGGCCACCUUUACCAACCUAUCCUUCCUGUGCCUGCAACACUUCGACAACGAGCUCGAUCGGAACGCGCUUCUCCAUCUGAAUCUGCUGACGAAACUGCGCGUCCUGGUCAUCGAGAACAUGUCCGUUUCGAGUUCCGUGUUUGAGAACUGUCCGACGGUGCCGCAGCUACAGCGGCUGGUAAUGGACACGAUCGUGUCGGAAGUGUCGAUGCUGGAUAUGAUACCGGCCAGAUUCCCCUCGCUGCAAACGCUCGUCAUCAGCAACUGCUUCCUGUAUCUGAUACUCGAGG